UUUACGGUUAAAUUUUUAGUUUUAAUUUUUCUUGCUGUCCGAGAGUCGUUUCACGCUUAGCCAGUUAUUCCGCUCGUUUUAUAAUCGGAUUACAAUAAUAAUUCAGUUGCACGUGUGAUUCGGUAACAGUGGAAUUGAAAAGAAGCUGGAGCGGAAGUAAUUGUACACGGAUAACCUGUAAUGUACGAGAUAGCGCAUACCUGCGAAACGAAUUGCAACGAUUGGAGAAGAUACUAAGAUUGCUUAACGCACGAUGGAGAAUCGAGGUUGUCCUUGCGGAUGCGAGUCAUCGUAUUCGUCGGAAUCAAUUAAUCCGCCGAACGAGCCACGUUGUAGCUGCAAUUACAAUCCCUUCAGCGACAAUUCGAAAGAAUCGGAGAUUUACGAUCUGCCGUUUGCCCUGAGGAAACUCGCCGUAAUGAAGUGUCAGAUGAAGAAAUGGCGAAUGGAACGACUUCAGUUCGAGAGCGAAAAUAGGUCUUUGAAACAAGCCCUGCAGUCAUUCGGUGUAAAUGUGGAUGAGAUAUUGAAGCCUGAUCCGCUGCUCGUGCAGUCUCGGGAAGAAAUCGAAUGGCUGCAAAAUGCAAACGCGGCGCUCGAAGAUAAAGUGAGGGAUCUGGAAGAAACCCUCGCCGAACGAGAUUACGGCGACGAUCCUUGUGCAUCGGUACACUAUAUCAGAGAGAAGAUGAGAGUUCUACGGGAGCGCUUUGCACUUGAAAAGAAAGAAUUAAGGGACACGAUAUCGCACUUGAAAUUAAAACUCGCGCAGACCGAGGAGGACGUGAGCUGUCCUGCGAUAUAUCGCCUGAGGGCGAAGCUCCGUGAACUGAUGAAAGGAGGUCAAACAGCGGACCAGCAGGUCUCGAAAGUCGUGGAAAGAUCGAUCGAAACGCUGGUGGAUCUCUCGAAGAGCUGCGACGACCUGCGUCUGGAAAAUGAACAGCUCGUGGCACAGCUGGACGAAUUACGUCGUCAAUUGGCGGAGCUUGAGAAAAAGCGACCGAAAGAAGAGAUACCGAUGGAGAUGCUGAGAACGGCCGAAACAACGACGGUUCCUGAAUAUAUAGACGUUUCGGAGCUAUUACAGAAGCUACGGGACUGCGAGCUCGCUGUUUCCGAAUUGAAACAGCAACUUGACGAGAAAGACAAGAUUAUCGAGGGACUGAAGAAAGAACUCGAAGGCAGGCUGGAUGAGCAGGCUCUGUUGGCUGAGAUUGCGGCUAUGAAAAUAGAACUCGAGAAAAGAGAUGACAAGGUGAGAGAUCUCCUAAACGAAAUGAGACAAUCGGAGAUAGACCUGUUGGGCCUGGGCAACCUACGAUCGGAGCUGGACACCUUGAAGCCUCGUAUAUCCGAACUCGAAGACGAGCGGGACUCGCUGACAGACGAGGUGGCGAAAUUGAGAAAACUAUUAGAGGAAAGGAACGACCAAAUAAUCGAGAUCCUGGAAUACAAGAACAAGCUGGAGCAGGAGAUGGCAGAAAAGGAACAAGAGGCCGAGCGGAUUAUCGACGGCUUGAAAAAGGAGAUCGACGACCUGAUGUCGCAGAUAGCGAAUCUGCGGGGCGAGGUCGACGAGCGUAACAAGCGAGUCGCGGAGCUGGAGAAGUGUUGCGCGGAUAGAGACGAGCUUUCGAAGAAAUUACAGCUCGCGGAGGACGAGCUGGGAACACUGCGAAACGAACUCGCGUCCGCGAAAGCUGCGAUUGCGGAUCUCCGGGGAGAGGUAGACGCCCUGCAGAAUGACAAGGACAAACUGUUGAAACAGUUGGACGAAACGAAGGAGCGGGUUAACGCGUUGUCUGAUCAAUUGGCGGACGAGAUGGCGGCCAACGAGGCUUUGCAGAAAGAGCUCGAAGCUGCCUGGAACGCGACGGAGGCACUGCGAGAAGAGAAUUCGGAUCUGAAAGGUCGGCUGGACAUGGCGGAAGAGGAGAACGAUAGAUUAAGGGAGGAGAAUAGUGACUACAAAGCGGAGCUUGAUAAAUCGAAUGAAGCAAACCGCGAGUUGCAGAAUAGCUUGGACGCGGCGCAAUCGGAGAACGACGCGUUGAAGCAAGACAUGUCGGCGUUGCGGAGCGACCUUGAUGACGCGAGGAAAGAGGUUGACAGGCUGAGAGGCGAUGGGGACGCAUUGAAAGCUGCAGAGGCAUACGCAAAGACGAAGAUCGAUGAAUUUGAGUCGCGGAUGGAGGAUUUGAAAGCGGAGAAGGACCGUCUGGCCAGCGAGAACGCCGACGUGAAAGCCAAGAAUUUGGAAUUGGAACAAAAAUUGGACGACGCGUUGAAAGACCUGGGAAAAAUGAAGGCAGAGAAUGCCGAUCUGUUGGUAGAACUGGAGCGUCUGAAGGGAGAAUUAGCGAGGGCCAAGAGCACGAUCGAUCAGCUGAAAGCGGAGAUGGAUUCUCUGAGGGACGGCCUGGACAAGUGCGUGGAUGAAAUGGAGAAACUAAAAGCCGAAAAUGCCGAGCUUAAGGCGAAGAAUGAGGCUCUCGGAGCGGGGCUUGAUCAAUGCAGGGCCGAUGGGGACUCGUUGCGGGACGAUUUGCAGCGGGCCGAGGCGGAAUUGGACGGUGUGACCAACGAGCUGAAUAAGCUGAAAGACGAGAACGGAGCGCUUAAACAAAAUUUGGAUCGACUGGCUGGUGAAAAGGACGCGUUACUGGCUGAGGUGGAGCGGCUGAAGAGGGAAGCGGAGGAGCUUCGAGCGGAAAUAGAUAGCGGAAAGCAGAGAGAAGCCGCGUUGAACGGCGAACUCGAUCGCAUUAAGCAGGAGAAGGACGCGUCGGCGGCGGAAUUAGACAAGCUGAGAGAUGAACGUUCUGCGUUGCGGAACGAGAGGGAUCGGUUUAAGAAACAAUUGGACGACGCGAACGAUGAGAUCGAGAGGCUGAGGGACGAGUUGGAACGGUUGAGGAACGAGAACGAGAAGCUGAGAACAGAUGGGGAAGCGUGCAGAGAUGAUUACGAUAAGCUGAAAGCCGAAGUCGAGGAACUAAGGAAAGAGAAAGAUUCGCUGAACGACGAGACCGAGCGACUCGAACGAGAGAAGGACGCGUUGGCAGCAGAAUUAGGUAAAUUGAAGGAUGAACACUCUGCUUUGCAGAGGGGGAAGGAUCAGCUGAAGAAACAAUUGGACGAUACGAACAAUGAGAACGAUAAGUUAAAGGACGAGUUGGCCCGGUUGAAGGAAGAGCUGGCUCGCUCGAAGGACGAGAACGAGGGGCUGAAGAAAGAUGCAGACUCGUGCGAACAGGAGCGCGAGAAGUUGAAAGCCGAACUCGAGCAACUGAGGAAGGAAAGGGACGCGUUGAACGACGAAUUAAACGGGCUGCGCGACGAAAAUGGUAGGCUACGGAACGAUCUGAAUACUUUGGAAGGCGAAGCGAACGAUUUAAAGACGAAGCUUGACGCAGAAAAGAAGACCAACGAAAUUAUGAGAAACGACGCGAUGAUGCUAAACAGUAAGGUGCAAGAUUUAAGCGAAGCACUCGACGAGGCCAGGGCGAAGAAUGCCGCGUUGACGGAGGAGAACGAAGGGCUACAAUCGAAGUUGCGGAACGUGCAAGACGAAUUGAACAGCGCGAGAGCAGAGUGCGCCGAUUUGAGAGCGGAGAUCGACUCUUUAAAGAAGGAGAUUGCUAAUCUGAAGGCGGAGAUCGCUAAAUUGAAGGAGGAUCUCGAAUACUGGAAAUUAGAGCAUUGUAAGAUCAAGAUGGAGAUGGACAAACUCGAAGCUGACUUGGAGAAGGCGUUGAUAGACUUGAACGAAUGCAAGGCUGCGAAAGAGGCGUGCCAGGCAGAGUGUAAUCGCCUGCGAGCCGAGAAAGCCAAUUUGGAGAAGAAGAUCGCGGAUUUAACCGCGGAGAUCGAGCAGCUAAAGAAAGCUCUUGAAGCAGAGAAAGCGGCUACAAGCAAAUGCGAGGCGGAGCUCGCGGCCUUGAGCAGCGAGCUGGACGCAUUGAAGAGGGAGUUGGAAAAUUUGAGGGACGAGAACCGAAGGUGCGAAGGAGAAGCGGACGAUCUUCGGAAACAGAUCGCAGGGCUGAACGGCGAACUGGACAGGCGCAGGGAAGAGCUCGCCGCGUUGAGGAACGCCAACGAGAAGCUGAAGGCCGACGUGGCUGCGUCGAACAACGAGAGAAACAGACUGCAGGAGGAACGUGACAAACUGAAGGCCGAGGCAGAUGCUGUGAAGGAGGAGAACGCCGCGCUUCAUCGGGAUCGAGACAAGCUGGCGAACGAAGCUACCAGGCUGAGGGGCGAGGGUGACGGACAGCGAGGGGAGCUCGAUAAGCUCAGGUCCGACUUGGCUUCGCAGAGGGCUGCCGUCGACAAGUUGCAGACCGACCUGAAGGACUGCCAGGCCGAGAACGGCAAACUGCAACAGCAGCUGAACGAAUUAAAGAGCGAUUUGGAUAGAUCGAAAGACGAGAGGAGCAAGCUGGACAAGUCACUGGCGGACGCGGAGGCUGAAGCUAACGCUUUGGAGGCCGAACUCAGGGAUCUGCGGGCCGAGAAGCGAGAACUGCUCGAUGAACUUGAGCGGCUGCGCGGCGAGUUGGUUCGCCUUAUGAACGAGACUGAUAAACAUAAAGCAGCCACGAAAGAGCUGGUCGCCUUGAAGGAGGAGUUGGACGCUUUAAGAGCGGCGCUGGACAAGGCCCGCGCCGAAAACGAAGAAUUGAUCAGGGAAAACGAGAAACUGAGGUCUGACGCGGCGAAAUUAAAUCAGCAGCUGCGGGCGUUACGGGACGAGAACGAGGCGACGAAGAGGGAGAACGCGGCGAUGUCGUCGGAAUUAGCCGCGACAAAGGCCAAAUUAAAAGAUGCUGAGGACCGGCUGAACGAUCUGCGCGCCGAGAACGAUGCCCUGAGGGAAAGGGUCGCCGACCUCGAAGGCGUGGCGAAGGAGCUCGAAACGGCGGUGAAACAGUUGGAGGAUCGCAGAACGGAGCUGGAGAGAUUAAAGGCGGAAUUGCAAAAAUUGAAAGACGAGAACGGGAAUUUGGAGAACGAGCUCGAAGACGCCCGGGACGAAUCGAAGAGGCUUAAGGAAGUGAACGACAAGCUGCGAACGGAUCUUGACGCUUUGAAGGGGGCUCGUGAUAAGUUGAGGGAAGAUUUGGAGAAUCUGAAGGCGAUCAAUGAGAAAUUAAAGGACGAAUUGGGCGACUCGAAGACGCUGAACGACAAGCUGAAGGACGAUUUGAAAAAUCAGAAGGCGAUUAACGAUAAGCUGUCGGAUGAUUUGGACAGGUCGAAUGCCGCGAACGAUAAGUUACGGAAUGACCUCGACGCGCUCCGGGCAGCCAAUGAUCGUUUGAGAAAUGAUUAUACGAAGUUGUCGGCCGAAGCUGAUAAAUUGAAGAGCGACAGCGAAAAUUCUGCGGCGGCGUUGAAGAAUGAAUCGGAGAGGUUGAGAAAGGAUAAUGACGAUUUAAACAACGAGAUUGAAAGGUUGAGGGAACAAUUGAGCGACUGCCAGGAUGUAGUUGCAAGGUUGAAAGGAGAAUUGAAGGAGUGCCAGGAUGAAAAUGAUAGGAUGCGCAAAGAAUUACGGAUCUCGAAGAACGCAAACAGGAAACUAAGAGCGUCCUCAGAGCAAGACACGGCGAUCUUGAAAAGCCUUGCAGACAAUUGCGGCGAUUUCAUUAGGGCGAACGAUUUGUUAACGAGAAAGCUUGACAAGCAAAACGAAGGCGUGCAACGUGUUCGUGAUUACAUAACAUUUUUGGAAGGUAAGGUUGAAGGUGAACCCAAGAUGGCAGACGAGAUGGACGACGACCUAUAUAUUGAUCCGGAAAUGAAAAAGGAGAUAGCAGACUUAUUGAAAAAGUCGAAGGAUUUGUCCGACAAUAUUUAUAACACUGAACAAGAGAUUCAGAAUAUUGCAGGCAUUCUGAAGCAACUUCAGGAUGCGGAGAAACCAACAGGAGCGUUCGAUCCCGAUUCCUGGCUUAACUCGUUGACAUUGACGCAACUGGCAGAGCUGCACGACAAGAUCUGCCUAUUGACCUCGGACAUGGUGAAUCAGGAUAAACCGAGAGCAGUUAGCUGCGAGCCGGGAAGUCCACUAAGAGCGGAUUACAAUAUUUUAAAUCAGCGGAUAGCCGCUCUGCAGAGACAGAUAGCGGAGAAGCAAAUGGAGACGGGAUCGAAGCUGCAAGAGCUGAGGCGGGCUCUUCGGCAGGAGCAGGCUAACCUAAUUCGAAUCAACGACGAAAUGAAUUUAGAGAGAAGACGUAAUUUGACCCUUCAGUCCAGAAUGGAUGAUGCAUCUUAAUUCGGUUCCCUUUAAUCUAAUUCAAUGUCGCCUCCACGACGCUACGAAUGAAAAGUUCUUAUAAUGAAUUCGUUGAGAGAGAUAUCACCGACAAACAACAAAGAAUACACCGUCCCGUUCCUUAAGAAAUUAUUCAUUUGUCGGUUCAGUCCCAUUGUAAUUAGAUCGAUGUAAAAAAUAUGUUUAAAUAAGAGUCACAGUAUUAUCGAA